AUAAGAAUCAGCCACGGUUGUUGGCAUUCAAACCUCUUCACAUGGUGGCAUGGCAUUCCAGGCUUCCAGCUACUCUACCUUUGCUAUUUAACUCCCCUCCGACAGUCUCUCCCCACUCAAAUCUCUCUAGCAUCGGAGCUAGCAACGUGCGGCCAUGGUCACCCUGCUGCUUAACCUCCUCCUCCUCGUGGCCAACGCCGCCUCCAUCACGGCCGCCACUCCCUGCUCCACCCCGCCGGACGAGGGCUCCACCGUCCACAUCCUCCACGCCUUCGGCCCUUGCUCCCCUCUCGGCACCGCGCCCUUCACCUCGUGGGAGGACACCAUAAUGGACCUCCUGUCCCGCGACGCAUCCCGCCUCCCCUACCUCUCCUCCCUCACCGCCUCCGCCGGCCGCUCCUUCGUCCCCCUCGCGUCCGGCCGCCAGCUCCUCCAGAUCCCGAACUACGUCGUCCGCGCGAAGGUUGGCUCCCCGCCCCAGUCCCUCCUCGUCGCCCUCGACAACAGCAACGACGCCGCCUGGUUCCCCUGCUCCGGUUGCCUCGGCUGUCCCUCUGCCGCCGCCUCCUUCGCCGUCGCUAGCUCCACCAGCUACCGCCCUCUACCGUGCGGCUCCCUGCAGUGCGGCCAGGUCCCCAGCCCCUUCUGCCCCGCCGGCGCAGUCUCCUGCUCCUUCAACCUCACCUACGGCACCUCUUCCAUCCAGGCUGGCCUCGUCCAGGACUCCCUCUCCCUCGCAGCCGACGUCGUGCCCUCUUACACCUUCGGGUGCCUGCAGAAGGUCAUCGGCGGCAACUCUGUUCCGCAGCAGGGACUCCUCGGCCUCGGCCGCGGCCCGCUCUCCUUUUUGUCCCAAACCAAGAGUCUCUACGACUCCACCUUCUCCUAUUGCCUUCCCAGCUUUAAGUCCCUCAACUUCACCGGAACGCUCCGGCUCGGCCCCGUCGGCCAGCCGAAGCGCAUCAAGACCACACCUCUGCUCUCCAACCCUCGCCGCUCCUCGCUCUACUACGUCAACAUGGUCGGCGUCCGCGUGGGGCGCAAGGUGGUCGACAUUCCCCCCUCCGCGCUGGCCUUCGACCCGGUCACCGGCGCCGGCACCAUCGUCGACUCCGGGACCAUGUUCACGCGCUUGGUUUUGCCAGCGUACACCGCUGUGCGGGACGAGUUCCGGCGGCGGAUUAAGGCAGCGGGGCCGGUGACAACUCUCGGCGGGUUCGACACGUGCUACGACGGGCCCGUGAAGGCGCCGUCCAUCUCGCUGAUGUUCGCAGGGAUGAACGUGACGCUGCCGCCGGAGAACGUCAUGAUCCACAGCACGGCAGGGACUAUCUCUUGCCUCGCGAUGGCGUCGUCGCCGGACAACAUGAACUCGAUGAUCAACGUGGUAGCGAACAUGCAGCAGCAGAACCACAGGGUGCUCUUCGACGUGCCCAACGGCCGGAUCGGCUUCGCCCGUGAGCCCUGCAGCACCGCAGUAUGAGCUACGCAGCAACUGGAGAUCUGUGCCAUGUGUCACCAUCGAAAACGCUAGAUAAUUGCAGUCAGUAUCGUCCAUUUUAUUAGCUAAUUACGUGGAUCGUUGUCGUUCUUGAUUCCUUUUUCUCUUUAUCGAUCUUCCAGUUUGUUGACUUGUAGCAUGACCGUGCUUUGUAUGAUUGUGGCGAGCGUCCAAUAAUUUGUAUUGUUCAAUAUUUAUUUUUAUCUUUUUCGGCCA